UUCAGAAUUUAGGUUCCUGUAAGAUUGGCAGUAAGUUUGUAACUUUGCUAAUGGUAUUUUUGCAACUCGUUGUCCGGAACUGAUGAACUCACUUUAUAUUCACCAUGGCGGAGAGAUACAGCAGAGACAUGAUUCCCACUCGGUAUUUAAUACUGGUUAACGACCUUUGCUUUACAAAGAAGAACGUCCCAUACAGACCAAAGAAAUUUGAGUCUCAUAUACAAGAAUAUCUAAAAGGCACCAUCCUACAAGAAGUUUUCUUUGCUUCCAUGCCAACCACCAACACCACAAGGAUAACUUGUAUAGUUCUCGAUACAAGAGAAAUAAUUGAAUGUGAUGAGAACGAUGUGGACGCUUUAACUGAAGAGAUAAUGGGAUUAUUAAUGGCCAUCUCAAGUUGCAAGGAGAGAUAUGACGUUUUCCGAAAUAAAGAAAGAUUAGCAGAUGGUUUAGACAUGGAAGCUGGAGCAGAGGUUGUUGUACGACUACCUGCCAUGUCAGGGGAAGUUUUAGGCAGACUACGCUACAAAGGCAAAGUCCAUCAUAAAGUUGGAACUUACUUUGGUGUUGAGCUUAUUAAUGCGAAAGGAAAAGGAAACACAAACGGAACCAUCCGUAAACACCAUUACUUCUCAUGUCCGGAGGACUGCGGUAUCUUCCUCGGAUUAAACCGAGUCUCCUCCCGUGAUUAUGAUCAGCUUCGUACUCCCAUCCCGGCUCCUAGAAGACACCCACGUAGCCAGCGAUCUAUGAUCUCAAACUCGUACUCUGAUCUUUCAGCAACGCGAGAUUACAGUUCGCCUCCUUCAGGUAGUAGCCAAGUAAGUGUAUGCGAACCUGUAAUUGGAGUUAGUGAAGCUGAACUCUCCACUUUAAACAUUCAUAUCGAUAUGAAGGUUUAUAUUUUCACUGAAGUAAACGGACAUGAAAGCCAGGAGCUGGGGAGCGUCAAAUUUAUCGGUCGCCUACCAAACGAAUUACCUACAAAUGACAUUUAUGUUGGUAUUGAACUUGUCAACCCAUCCGGUAAUGGAAGGGGAGUUUUCAACAGACGCCAACUUUUCAAAACAAAACUCAACCAUGCAGCUCUAGUGCCGCUUAGUGGUGUAUUACCAGCGAGUACGAUUGACCACACUCCACCUCUCGCUCCUAACCGACAUUUGGAUGAGUCACUUACAUACAUAGACAAACGGUAUAAACCAGAAACUCGGAACCAACAGCCUCCCAGCUCCUAUUCAGGUCCUGCGGCAAACUUGAGAAGCAGCACAACUAAAAAUCGAAAGGUUGUUUCACAGCCCGUACUGAAUUCUGAGCAGAGAGGUUUUCCUGAUGGAUAUGAUGAACUGUCAUCACAACUUGAUAUCUAUGGGGUGGAAAAACAAGUCAAACCAAGACGAGAAGUGCAUACUCUGCCACUGCCCAAGAAUUCCAAACAAAACAACCACAGGCAAAUGAAUGAUUAUUCUCGAAGGCCAUUUCAAAGCGAACCCAUUUCAGUUCCGGUUCAAGAACAAGCGUUUCAAUAUUUAAGCCAACUUCAUCCUCCUGCAGACGAAAUCCCAAUCAGUGGUUUUGAGCACGGUACCAUGGUCCAAGUAUUGGAUGGAAUCGAUAACCUCACGUUGCUGGUCCCCGAUUUGCCCUUAUAUGGAGUGGUAAAGUGGACGGGGUAUCUUCCAAGAGAUGAAGACUUGAGUGUCGGGUUAGAACUUGACAACCCUGUUCCAACUUUAACUGAUGGAACUUACAAUGGUGUGAGGAUAUUCGAAACACAACCUGGACAUGCUUUGUUCGUACGACCAGAAGAUUGUGCUGUAGAUCCACGAUUUUACUCAGAUGCAAAACAGUCACACAGUAAUAUGCAAAGUGUUGCCAGCAGAAACUUUGGUGACUUCAAAGCCCCAUGUAUUCCUGGUACAGUAGCUCCACCAAAAACAUUACAAGCCAAUAUGGUGGGGAAAGGCAAAGGAAUACAGGGGCAUCAGAAUUCUUGUUAUCUAGACAGUACGUUGUUUAGUAUGUUCGCGUAUUCCUACUGUCUUGAUACGAUUUUGUUUCGAAGCAAGCGACCCGGUGAUUUGCCGCAGUACGAGCAAGUACAAAAGGUGCUGAAAGAAAAUAUUGUCAACCCACUGCGUAAAACAAACUUUGUUCGUGCUGACAUGAUAAUGAAAUUACGAGAGUUAUUGGAUGAGUUAGGCUCCGUGUCAGGGCUAACUAAUGAAGAAAAGGAUCCAGAAGAAUUUUUACAAACUUUACUAAACCAUGUGUUUAAAGCUGAACCUUUAUUUGAGUUACGACAAGGCAACGACGACCACAUACAGGAAUGUUAUUUUUAUCAAAUAUUUCUCGACAAAGAUGAGAAAAUGGUGUUACCCAGCACCCAGCUACUUAUCGAACAAUCUUUUCUUGCUUGUGAUCUUAAAUUUCGCGAAGUACCCGUUUGUUUAAUUCUACAAAUGCCAAGAUUUGGUAAAGAUUACAAAAUGUACAAUCGUGUGCGACCUAGUCUAACACUCGAUAUUACUGAUAUGUUGGAAAAAAUUCCCCGGAGUUGUACAGUGUGUGGGGGGUUGGCUGAGUUUGAAUGUAAGCAAUGUUCAGUUGAAAGGUCAAUGCAAGAACAUAUAAGUUCAUAUUGUGUUCAAUGUGCUAAGAGAUGUCAUCAACACCCCUUGAGGAGACAACAUAAUUAUCAAAAGAUUGAAGUCUGUGAUGAAUACAAAUCGUUUAUCUCGCAAGAAGGGGAAGCCCCAGUUGAAAGACAAAUCUUGGAUCUAUAUGCAGUUGUAUGUAUUGAAACAAGUCAUUAUGUUUCAUUUGCCAAAUGUGGCAGCGGUCGUAACGCAAAGUGGUGUUUCUUUGACAGUAUGGCUGACAGAGUUGGUGAACAAAGUGGUUACAAUAUACCAGAGAUUACUUAUUGUGAAAAUUUUGAAAAAUGGUUGGAAACUGACCAACAUAAAUUACUCGAGAUGGAACAAAAAGAAAUGCCCGAACAUAUGAGGAGACUGCUAUGUGAUGCUUAUAUGUGUUUAUAUCAAAGCAGUGAAAUGAAAAGAUUCGGUUAAUGUUAUUAUUUACCUGUUAAAAAAAAUCAUUAAUACAUUCUUAAAUUUUGGUAUCGUACACCUUUUUUCUUCAGUAACAUUAUGUGUAUGUUUUUUUCGAAUUUGAAUUUUUUUUAUAUUUUUUUUUCAAAACUGUGGUCGUAUUAUUUAAUGAUAAGUUUUUGUCUGUUUGCUUGUACUUUAUUUAAAUAAAGUUUUAACUGGCUUGAUCAGCACUUUCCAACUAAUAGACAACAAUGCACUUUAAAAGGACUAUAAAACGUUUCAAAAAAAUUUGACAGAAUACUUUGUAAAAUUUGGCUGAUUGUUUGAUAAGAAAAUGUGAAUUUGCCUUUUUUUAGCACAAACAACAAAUAUUUCAUACAGUAGGCUCAAAAACUGUGUUUGGGAAAAGUGGAUUUAAAAAGUUUAUGUUUAAUGCUUUAAUUUAAUAUUUCACACAAUAUGGUAAAACAAGAUUUAUGUGGAAAAUCUAUUUCUUUUGUGUGUAAAAACUUAUAAAAAAACUUGCCUAUUUUGCACCUUUUACUGCUGUACUGAUGUGCUCAAACAGUUUUUUUUUUUUUUUCUUAUAUUCUGUUCUAUAUUAUGUGCAUUUUGUUUUAUUUUCCUAUUUCAAAUAAUAAAAUUUAAUUAAGGCUUAUGUUGAAAUACGGCGCUUGUUUUACAUAUUGUACCGCUGUGUAAUAAUGCUAUAGCAAAA